AUGGCCCAAAGGGUGGAUUCGUUUGAGAAGAGCUUCGCAUUUUUCCUCCUGGAACUGAGUUACCUCCUGAAGGAAUUCGUUGAUUUGCGAAAAAAAAUGUUAAAAGAUGACCCAAUAGACCCAAGCAAUCUUGGUAAAUCAAUUCAAAAAGCUGAUAAAGAUAUGAACAGUCGAAAGAUCGUCAAUCUUGCGAAAUACAAUUGACAGCGAAGACCCAGCAAACAAGAAAUGUGUUGAUGAAAAUACAUAAACAAAUCGAUUCUAUUUCCUUUUUUCUCAAAGUAAUCCCACAGAAAUCUCUUCGAGACAUUCAUCAAAGAAAUAGUAAGAAGCUGGUAUCCCACAGGCUAAAAUUCAAACAGUGAAGAUUUUCAUUAUAAUAAAUAUAGCGUUACUGUUUAUGAUCAAUCAGGAUUGAACAAUUAUGCAACACAAGAAAUAAAAUUCCACCCAGAGCGAGAAUAUCCGCUUCGAAAAACAAUGGAAGACUAAAGGAAGUAAAUCAACCGACGUAGCACAUUCAGCAGGAUUCAAGACAAAAACAAAUCCAACAGAAGGAGGAAAGUGGAAAAUCGUCUGCUGUCACUGGAAUUGAGGAAGUGGAGAUGAUUUUAUAAAUAAAUCUUUCUGGUGUAAUGGAAAAAAAAACUUGUCAACUUCUCUGCAAUAGUAUUAAAUACAAAUAAAUGUAUGGGAAAAUUUCGAAAAACAAGAUAGAGAUGAUUGGCAUGGAGGUCCAAACGCAGAGUGCCACACUCUUCUCAAUAACAACGACACAAUUUUGACAGAAGAACAAAUCAAGGCACCACAUAUGAAGGUACAGCAUUGAUGCUGAUCUUGUCGUAUGGCAAUCUCAUGAAAACAUCUGAUAAGAAACAAAGGAAUUAAAUCUUUACACAAACAAUCUACACCCUUUCAGCGACAAGAGGUUCAUUCAAUAUAACAAUAUUCACACCCACUUCAGAACUCAAGAGUGAUCCACUGUAAAGAAAGUAGGAAAUCAUUUGAAAAUUUUAAGUUGCCUUUUGAAAUCAACCUUGAUUUCAAAAUGCACAAAAGCUAUUUUUUCCAAAUCAACCUUGAUUUCAAGGUAAAUUCAUGAGUUGCCUUUAAAAUCAGGGUUGUCUCCAAAAUGUGUCAGAGCUGUACUUCGAAACCAAGGUUCUCACCUAGUCAACUCUGAAAUCAAGUCUGAAUUCAUGAGUUACCUUGAUAUCAAGGUUGUCUUUAAAAUGCGUCAGAACCGGCUUUUUCUAUCCACUUAAGUAAAAGAUCAAUAAUUCUGUCUAUUGUGCAAAAUGAAAAUAGUAAAACAACUUUUAACCUCUUCGAGAGACCGGAGGAGACCUGAAAAAUCCGCGAUUCCUAUAGCUAAUAAUAAGUAGCUAAUAAUUCUCUCGGAUCUCUCAAGACGCCAAGAAAAAAACCAAAUGCCUAAGAUCACUCCGAAUUUAAAAGUAAGCUUCUGGGUAAAAUAGCAAGUACUCACAUUCUGCCAAAUGGACUUCACAAACUAUAGAAUUUACAUGGCUUUUGACGCUAUUAAAAGGGUGGAAUUUUUAAGACGUACCCAUAAUAAACAGCUUAGGUGACCUUCGAAAUAUUAUUUAGAGAUAGCACAUUUACAUGAAUUCAUGACGGGUAGGUAACAUCUACUAGGAACCCAAAUUUAUUUGAGACGUUUGGAAGGGAAUGGAAGGCAAAAUAUGUCAAGUUUAUGACCUCAUGAAAGCAAACCUUAAUCUAGACAUGGGGAAUCAUGAAAAUGAAGCAUUAUUAUGGCAGAUUGAGAGCAAUUAUUCCUCUACCCAGAACUUUGUAUUCAAUGGCCAAAUUUCGAUCAAAUUGCCAAAAAAUGAUAAUAUUAAAGAACAAAAGCAAAAUCUGUAGAGUAAAAUUGAAAAAAAAUUCCCGUUUCCCAUUGUAAUAGCAGUGCAAGAAUGCUGUCGUGAUCUUGACCAAGCGUUUCUAAAAUUCCAUCAAAAAAUGAAGCUGUACUUGCGAUAGGUUUUUUUUCCAGUACAUACACAGUAGAUUUUGAGUGAUUGGCGUCUCUCUCAGAGGUUCAUCAUACAAUAAGAGUUGUUUACAACUAAUGAACGCCGUUGCAUAUUCUCUUCCGUCCGAUUUGCUGUAGCUUGAUAAACAUUUAGAAAGAAAAUAAAAAUACUAUGUGCUUUUUAACCUACUUAGAUAAAAUACCUACAUCAUUGCAAUUAUUGUUCAAUUAUUGUCCUUCGGCAGCAGUUUAGUGACAUCGAUAUCUUUCCUUGUGACUCCAUGGCUGGAAGCUUGAAUACUAAACAUUUGGCCCAGUGCUCUUUCAUUUUAUGACUGCAUCCCAUUUCCAAGCCAAUCUUCCUUCAACGCUUUAAGCCCUGAUAAUGACUGGAUUUUAAUUUCUUCUUACAGCGUUAUCCUUGAAUCAAAUGUAAAGGUUUUGAGAAAAAAGGAAAGGAUUACUAAUUAAAGAAACUCCUGAUAAUAAAUCAAAUUCUCCUUGUCAGCACCAUACGAAGUGUAAAGAAAACAGUGUGGAGAAUAUUAAUGUUGAUGUUAGAGUGAAAAGGGUCAAGGGCUGAAAAAUAACGACGCGGAAAAGGCUUAUAACAUAAUCUUAACAUUUCUCGCGCAAAUACCGCCAUCUGAUUAGCUAGCAACAGGCAAAUUUGUCCCAAAUUAUUAAAACUGUCUUGAAAGCUGGUCAGCUGAAGAUUUGUGCAGAAUGCAAAAGCUUUGUCUAGUUUGUUUUUUUUAUUUGUAAGCUAAUUGUCAUUUUCCAGCGCGGUGUUCUUUGCGAUUGAGUAGAAUGGAAGCUCUUUAAAUUAGAAUAGGUUUUCGACCAAUCAAAUGAAAAGUAGUAUUUUAGGCCAGCUGCAUUUCUCGAUUUUUUUCCAAAUUACGCGCAAAUUGUGCCACUUAUUCUUAUGUAUGCUUUUCAUAAGUAAUGCAACUUUUAUAAAUGUAGCUAAAAAUUUUGACCGUUUGUAUAAUCUAUACGGGCCUGAUCAAAUGCCAAUGCAUACUUUUGGAAAGAAUCUAAUAGACUCUUACUGUUUAUUGUUUGUAUAUCUUUCAUCAAAGGAUCUCUAAAGAACUUUGAUUUCAGGUAUAAAAUAAACAAAUGCAAGAUCUUUUGCGGUAAAAUCGACUCUUCCAUCACUAAAUCUUUAAAGCCAUGGAACCAAGAUUAGCAUUAAACACCUGAUGAUGAUGACAUCGGUGUCAGUUUGAUUAUUACUUUUGUUGCGCGAGAGCUUGCAAGAUUCUAUUAAGCUCGAGUUGAAAAGCGAUGGAAACAACCGUUCUCUUUAGCGCACGAGGUGUACUUGCUAUGCACUAUAAAUCGUCGUCCAUGAGCGCUUUUUUGAAAGGAAGACAACCUGCUUUGACUUGUUUUUUCUACCCUAACUAUUCAGAAACUUCAUUUACCUACGACCAAGUCUUGGAUUUGUAUCUUCCUUGCAGCUGUAGCUCAUUGUACUGAUUAUCCUUUCAACUCGCACUCCAAUCUUGUUUUAUUGAUAUCCCGGUGUUACCCAGUCAGCCAUGUUUUACUGAUGACCCUACGAUUGCCUUUGUCUUUCCUUUGGUCAGCUGCGGUCUCCUGAAAGCUAGUUAGGUCCUGAGAGAAAAAAUCCUGGAAAACCUUUUAGAUAACGUUGAGUUCAUUAAAAUAUUUUGCAGUUUAUAUCAUAAAUGCAUUUGAUCAUAGAAUUAAUUUAUAGCUAGUUAUAAAUUUAUCAAUUUAUUUACUUCUUUAUUUAUCUCCCUUUUAAUUAUUAUUUGUUUGUUUCUUUAAAAUUUGAUUAUGAAUUGAUAACUGUUAUUAAUUAAUAUUAUUGAUAUAUAUAUACAUAUACUUAUAUUUAUACAUUUAAUGCCUUAUUCAUUUCGUUUAUUUAUUAGUCAAUUUUUUUGUUUACUUUAAAUUAGUAACCUUAUUUUAACAAGGCUUUGAUAUGGAAAUACCUCUUUACAAUAGCGUAUGUUGGCGCUCUUUGUUGGACUGCCCCAGUCCGGACUGGACUACAGUGAAUUGGACUGCAACUAACAUGGACUGGACUGUAUUUCAUUGCACUACACUUGACUGCACUGGGCUGUUGUUGACUACACUGCACAGAAUUAGACUUGACUGCACAGGGCUGUUGUAGAGUGCACUUCACUAAAUUAGACUUGACUAUACUGUUCAGUUCUUAACUGCGCUCCAUUGAAUUAGACGUGACUGCAGUGGGCUGCACUGGACUACACUGAGUUGCGUUUUGUUCGACGGGACUGCAAUUCAAGGUACUAGGUUGUACUUCACUUCGCUAGGAACGACUGCAGUUGGCUGUUCUAGACUGCACUGCACUUUGCUACACUUUAUUGGAGAGGAGUGGAGUGGUCUGGAAUGGACUGGACUGGACUGGACCGUUCUAG